CACGGCGCCCCGCAUUAAUUGCCCACUCCUCCGCUUCCCGGCCGCCCCCCCUCCCUACCGUUCUCUCUCUUGAGCCUCCACAUCCUUGGACGGAAGGAACCCCUUCUCGCACGCCGGAAUACCGCUCUCGCCGUACCGCCGAAUAAAUCCCCGGGUCUCUCUCUCUCUCUCUCUCUCUCUCUCUCUCUCUCUCGCGCGAAGAGGAGUCGGGAGAGAUUUUGGGGUUGUCUGAGCUCGAGAAGGUGGUGGUGGACGGCGAGAUGGAAGGGAUGCGGGCGAAUAUUCUAGAUCCGGGGGCGGCGGAGUUCUACCCGACGAGCCAGUUUGCCCUCGGUCAGCCCCAAAUUUACUACCCCUACCCACCUCCACCGGCGGUGCCGGUGUACCCGCAGGCGUCACUGGAAGAGUACGUGAGCCCGGCGUGGGUGGCGGGGGACGGCGCGGCGACGAGGGCGGUGGUUCUGAGCAUGGUGCCGCGGUACGUGGGGGAGGCGGCGGUGCGUGCGGAGAUGGAGGCCUUCGGCGGGGUGCGGGCGGUGGAGAUGAGGUCGCUGGCCGUCGACGGGAUCGUGACCGUCCACUUCUUCGAUCUGCGGAGCGCGCAGUUGGCGGUGGCGGAGAUCCGGGAGCAGCACGUGCGGCAGCAGAGCCUGCUCGGGCAGCAGUACGGCGUGCUCGCCGGCGGCGAGAUGGUCCUGAUGCACCCGCCGAUGGGCGGCCGGGGGCUGAUCGCCGGGCAGGCGGUCUGGGCCCAGUUUGCCGCAAGGGGAGUCGACGAUCCCAACCAGGGUUCCAUCGUCGUCUUCAAUUUGGAUCCCAACGUCUCCUCGCUUGCUCUUCGAGAAAUCUUUGAGCCUUUCGGAGCUGUGAAAGAGGUGAAGGAGAUGGGUUCAAGACCACAUCUCAAGGUAGCGGAGUUCUUCGACACACGAGACGCCGCUCGUGCGCUCUCCAAGCUCAACGGCAAGCACAUCCUCGGGAGGCGACUCGUGCUUGAAUUCUUCAGACCAGGUGGCCAGACAAGAAGCAAUUACCCGAUGAGGAGCUCCGGUCACCAGGACUAUCCUCUACCCCCGAGGCUUCUGAGAGGGACCAGAUGGGUUGAAGGCAGUGGAGGCGCUCCAUCGCCAAGUGGAGGGAGUGGGAAGGGAGUGGUGUUGCUGAAGAGGCCCGGCACCAACAUCGCAAGAAACAGUAAUGGCGGCGACGGUAGCAGCGGCGGUGGGAGGAGGAACAAAGGUGGCAGCGGCAGCAGCUACCAAUCGUCGUCGUCGUCGUCAUCACCAUCUUCAAAGCAGCAGCAGCAGCAGCAGCAGCAGUCGAGCAGGAAGGGGUGGAAGAAUCGUCAUGGGAAGAACGGCGGCGGGGAGUCGAGGUUUCUGUUCAAGGAAGUGGAGGAGACGGAGGAGGAGGAGGAAUCCGCAUCCUCUUGUAGAGAUUCCAGGACCACCGUCAUGAUUAGAAACAUCCCCAACAAGUACAGUCAGAAGCUGCUGUUGAACAUGCUUGACAACCACUGCAUUCACUGCAACGAGGAGAUUGGCGAGGGGAAAGAGAUUGAGCCCUACUCCGCCUACGACUUCGUCUACCUUCCCAUAGAUUUCAACAACAAAUGCAAUGUUGGGUAUGGUUUCGUAAACCUCACAUCUCCGGAGGCCGCAUUCAGACUCUACAAAGCCUUCCACAAGCAGCCUUGGGAGGUCUUCAACUCCCGAAAGAUUUGCCAGGUUACCUACGCUCGGUUGCAGGGCUUGGAGGCGCUGAAGGAGCACUUCAAGAACUCCAAGUUCGCCUGCGACAACGACGAGUACAUGCCGGUGAUCUUCUCCCCGCCCCGCGACGGCAAGCAGCUGACCGACCCCGUUCCCAUCGGCGGCCGCGGCCCCGUCACGCUCACCAAGCGGGUCGUCGACCGGAUCCGCCGCGCCAGCGAGCAGCUCGCCUCCUCCGAGACAGCGGCGACGGGGGCGCCGCCACCGUCUGACGGCGGUGGAGCGUCAUCCACCACCACCUCGACCCACGCGCCGUCUGACCACGCCGAACAGGACGACGACGACGACGACGACGUCGACGUGGGAGCAGGCGGCGAAGAGGAGUGCGGCAGCGACGAGACCGGUUGCUGCCUCCUUUCCGAAGCCUUCCACGGCCUAUCAUAUAGCCAAGACUAGACCCGGCCAGUCGUUGUCCACUAAGUGGACGCAUCUCAACUCCCAGACGUUCGCUCAGCUUCAGCUCUCUCCCUCUCUCUCUGCGUGGCUUCCCUCCUCGUAUUGAGAAUUCAAAGCUUUUAUGGAAGGGCAAGAAUGAUGCGCUUGAUUGUAUCCAGUAUUCGAAGACGAUGAUGAUGUGAUUCUUCUUAAUUACACUUCCCAAGUUCAA